CAGAAGCCUUCAAAGGUUUCAGAAAUGGUUUCCACCAUGAUACUAACGAUGAUAAUUAUGACUGGGUGUACAGUCUUCUUUACCCUGGAGUGUGCAGCUGACCCUACCGUUCGUCUGGUGAAUGGGACCAGCUCCUGCUCGGGAAGGGUUGAGGUCUUCAACAAGUCAGAGUGGAAGAGGGUGUGUGACAACCAGUGGGACAUGAAAGACGCCAAGGUGGUGUGCCGACAGCUGGGAUGCGGCAGCGUGGUGGCAGUACCAUACCGAGCAGGAGAGGAACGUGGAGCAACAAGCAUCAGCAAUUUGAAAUGCUCUGGAAAAGAGUCUACUCUUGAUGAGUGUUUCACGUAUGGGUACGGAGAUGCAUUCUACCAGUGUUUCGACGCUUCCGUGGUCUGCUCAGCCUUUGUGAGACUUUUGGGUGGUACGACUCCUUGCUCCGGGAGAGUGGAGGUAAAGUCCAAUCAGUCCUGGACCUCGGUAUGUGAAGCUGACUUUGACCAGCCGGAUGCAGAGGUAGUCUGUAGAGAGCUUGGCUGUGGGGCUCCUGCAGCUAUACAGGGGGGUCUCUAUGGGGAAGGGCAGCAUCCAAUCUGGGCUAAAGAAUUCCAGUGUAAAGGUGACGAAUCCCUUCUUCUGGAUUGCGAUACACUGGCCAGAAACAUGAACUCCUGCACAAAAGGAAGUAACGUAGGACUCACUUGCAUAGGUAGAUUCCUAACAAAUGUUUCAAAUACAUUUCGUUUAUUUUCCAUCAGAGGAAAUGCGUAUUACUCGCUCUUUCUUGCUCUCUCAUUGUGUAUCUCUCAAGACAGAAUGCGUCUGGUGCAGGGAGGAAGCCGGUGUGCAGGGAAGGUGCAGAUGUAUCUGUUUGGAGACUGGGUGACAUUGAUGGACACUGAGUGGGACAUUGCACAGGCCGCAGUGGUGUGUAGACAGCUUGCCUGUGGCUCGGCUAUUUCGGCACCAGGUGGCGCUCUCUUUGGAAAUGGGACUGGACAAGUAGUCCGUGGCUCUAUUCCAUGUAACGGAUCGGAACAGUCACUGUUUGAAUGCCAACCAACAUUUACCUCUCCCACUAGAUCCUGUUGCAAUGAUGCCGGGGUGAUUUGCUCAGAUCUCCUUUCAAAACCGGAAAUAUUCCUAACUGACACAAAAGGAGGCGUGUCCAGGGGCCACAGCUUCACCAUCACCUGUUCCACUCAGCCACAGUACCCAGGAGGCUCCUUCCUCCUCACGUUAAUCGGCUCCAACAGAACUCAUAUCCAGCCAGCUGUCAAUCACUCUGCUGUCUUCCUCUUCCCAGCUGCAGAUGACUCCCACCAAGGGAAGUACAGCUGUGUUUAUGAAAUGUAUGUUUUCUCUCACAAUUUCACCUCUGAGAGUGUGCCCCUCUACAUCACUGUCAAAGACUCUUUUCUGACCACAACUUCUAGCCGCAGAGACAUUAUUGUGCUGCUGGUGUUUAUGAUCAUCCCUAUGUAUUUACUAGUUCACCUUUAUUCUGUCAAUGGAUGUAUCCAUCUUCCUUGUACGAAAGCUCAAAACCACCAAGAGGAGAGAGAGCAACUCGGAGAAUGCGAGCAAGUGGAAUUGCUGGAGACGGGUGUUUGAACAAACUGGACAAAACUUUUUUUUUCUGUUUGUCAAUAUCCCCAACAACUCAUCCACUAAUAAAUAGUCUUUCACAAUUUAUUGACCUUUUUUAAGUGUGUUUUCAGGCAUUUAUGAUGGAUAUAAUAAAAAAAGACAGUGGGGAACAAUAGCCUUUUCUGAAAAAAGCAGUGUGCCAAGAUUAAACCCAUGCUGCCAACAGUAAAAAAAAUAUAGUUUUCCUUCAGGGAAGGCCUUCAUGUAAUAAUCUCUCGUAAUUAUCAAAUGUUGUCCCAUAAUAAAUUACUAUGCAUUUUAUUUCCCAUGUACUGUUCUCUGCAAAUGGUUCAUGAAUCCACACAGCUAAA